CAGGGGGUUCCUAAUACAACUUUAUGCAUUGCUCAGUACAAAAACUAGGUGCAUUGGUAAUGUUAACAACAAGUUCAUACAGAAUCCAAAUGGAUAUUCUUAUGGUGCUCUAAGGGUUGAAUUGUGAAGACAAUUUCAGUAUUAGAAAGGACAUAUCAAGCCUCAAUAAGUCUUACACCUUAUCCAAGUGACUGACUGGCUCACAGUAAAAUGUUAGACAGUGGUAUAACAACAACUGACAGGACUUUUCUGGAAAAGGAAUGAAAAACCAAAAAAGGGGAAUUAUGUGAAAUGUAGCCUUGGAAUUAGGGCUCAUUGUGACUAGUGACAAAAAGUUUUCAGUGAUUAAUCAUCUUAUGAAAUUCAAGAAAAUAAUUAUACUGGAGAGAAACCUUACAAGUGUAGAUUUUGUGUCAAGAUUUUUAUACCACCAAUUAAAUUCUUAUAGCAUUCAGUAAAAAUGUGCACAGGAGAGAGACCUUACAAGUGUAGAUUCUGUGACAAGACUUUUACUCAAAAAGGCCACUGUACUAGGCAUGAAAGAAGAGAGAGACCUUACAAGUGUAGAUUCUGUGACAAGACUUUUACUCAAAAAGGCCACUGUACUAGGCAUGAAAGAAUUCAUACCGGAGAGAAACCUUACAAGUGCGGAUUCUGUGAUAAAACUUUUAGAGACAAAAGUAAUUGCAGUGCGCAUGAAAGGAUUCACACAGGAGAGAAAUCUUACAAGUGUAGAUUCUGUGAGGUAACUUUUACACAUAAAAAUUCUUGCAUAUAUCAUGAAAGAAUUCACACAGGAGAGAGGCCUUACAAGUGUAGAUUCUGUGACAAAACUUUCACUCAAAGAAGCCAUUGCACAGAGCAUGAGAAAAUUCACACAGGAGAGAAACCUUACAAGUGUAGAUUCUGUUACAGAACUUUUACUCAAAAAUGCCAUUGCACAGAGCAUGAAAGAAUCCAUACUGGAGAGAAACCUUACAAGUGUAGAUUCUGUGAGGAAACUUUCACACAUAAAAAAUCUUGCAUAUAUCAUGAGAGAAUUCACAGAAGAGAGAAACUUUUAAAGUGUAGAUUCUGUGACAAAACUUCUAAAGACAAAAUUUCUUGCUUAGAACAUGACAGAAUUCACACAGGAGAGAAACCUUACAAGUGUAGAUUCUGUGAGGAAACUUUUACACGAAAAAAUUCUUGCAAAUGUCAUGAAAAAAAUCACAUCAUGAUCACAGAUGAAAAAAGUCACAUGGAAAAUAAACGGGCAAACAAUGAAGCCAUAACCCAUCAUGAGGAAGAAAGAACAGAAUACAAUCAUAAAGAUGAUGACACUUUUACCACAGAGAAUAUCACCAUCAUUACUGACAAUGACGUCUAUGAAAUAUUUACUGGCAUAAAAAGGACCACGCAAGGUGUCAUCACUACAGAUAUAAAAAAUCCUUUGUACAGCUCUCAAUGAUAUGUUCAGAUGACAGAAACAGAAAACAAACUCUUACCAUAUAACUUUGCUCAUUUUGGACAAUUUAAGAACAAUCAAAUUUUGUAACUGAUGCAAUUUUAUUUGCUCAGUGUUUAUCAAUUAUUCUAUACUUUGUAGGUUCAUUAUUCAUAAAAUGUUCAAAUGAUAAAAACAGAAAAAAACUAACACCUCAUAACUGAGCUAUU